CUCUCGCAUCGCCGCCCCCCAGAACCCCCGUCGCCGCCGCCGCCGCCGCCGCCGCCACCGCCGACUAUGACGUCCGUGCGCAGCGCCGCUGGGGUCGCGCUGCCGCCGAUCCGCCUGGCGGUGGAGCGGGCGCGCCAGGAGGCGCUCCGGCGCGAGCUGGAUGGGUGCCAGCUCCUCGCGGGCAUCUGGUGCCACGGCUUCACGGUGGCGCAGCUCCGCAGCAUCCGCGCGUCGCUCCCCUCCACGGCGCGGCUGCUGGUCGCCAAGAACUCGGACCUCGCGGCGGCGGUCGAGGGCACGCGCUGGGAGUCGCUCCGCCCCUGCGCCCGCGGCAUGAACGCCUGGCUCUUCGUGCGCUCCGACGAGAUCCCGCCGGCGCUCCGCCCCUACCGCGACUUCCAGAAGGAGUGGCGCCUCCAGCUCAACGACUUCACCGGCGCCGUCUACGAGGGCCGCCUCUACGGCCCCGACGACUUCGCACAGCUCGAGGCCAUGCCCACCAGGGUGCAGUCCUACCAGUACCUCCUCGGGUGCCUCCAGAUGCCCGCCGUCUCCGUCCUCGCCGCCCUCCGCGCGCGCCAGGAGGCCAUGGCGCAGGCCGAGCAGCCGCCUGCCGAGGAGGCGGCUCCUGCUCCGGCGCCGGAGCAGUGAUCCCUCCAUCGACGCCGAGGUUUCUCAGUUACACCUGCAGCUUAAAAGCUGCUCCUUUAUUGUUUUUGCACAUUUUGAAUUCAGUGUAGUAGAGAACACCCACAAAAUCAUCAUAAGGAUGCAUUGCUCUGAUGUAUCAUCUUUUCAUGAACUGAAUUUCAAAUGGGAAGAAAUGUGAUGUUCAACUGCCA